ACCCGCGCCGCUAACCUUCUCCGCACGCCGGUUCCGAGUCAGUCCCGAAGUUGCUGGAGCUCGGGUCCAGCAGUGUAGCCGCGGUGCCCUCCCGAGUGCCUGCAUCUGGCGGUACUUCCGGCGCAGGUGACCGCCGCCCCGCCGCCGCCCCGUCACCAUGGCGACGCCGUCGCACCGAGGCCCGUGGAACCUGCCGAGCGGCCGGGGCGCGGCGCGGCGUGGCGCGGGAACGCGCGCAGGCGUGGCGGCGGCGUCUGCGGCGGCGGGACGAGGCUCUCAAGAGAUGAAUCUAAUAAGGGAGGAGUGACCUGGAGAGGAGGAGGCAGGACAGAAGACGACAGGGGGACAGCAUUUUCUCUCUGUUGGAUACCGGAGGAGUCUCUGAGAAGGGUGAAGUGACCUUCUUGGCUUUAAGGAGCAGGGCAGGACACUUCUGUAGAGAGCAUCGUGGGAUUAAUCUAGAGCAGAACCCAAGAGGCUGGGGUCUCAGAAUGGAGCACGGUCUUGCAUCCGUCCCUGCUGCACUGCCAUAUUAUGUGGCCUUCUCCCAGCUGCUGGGCCUCACCGUGGUGGCUGUGACUGGUGCGUGGCUGGGUCUGUACCGAGGUGGCAUUGCCUGGGAAAGCUCCCUGCAGUUUAAUGUGCACCCACUCUGCAUGGUCAUAGGCAUGAUCUUCUUGCAAGGAGAUGCUCUGCUGGUGUACCGUGUCUUCAGAAAAGAAGCCAAACGCACGACCAAGAUCUUGCAUGGGCUGCUGCAUGUCUUCGCCUUCAUCAUCGCCCUGGUGGGCUUGGUGGCUGUGUUCGACUACCACAAGAAGAAGGGCUAUGCUGACCUGUACAGCUUGCACAGCUGGUGCGGGAUCUUAGUCUUUGUUCUUUACUUUGUGCAGUGGCUUGUGGGUUUCAGCUUCUUCCUGUUCCCUGGAGCUUCAUUCUCUCUGAGGAGCCGCUACCGCCCUCAACACAUCUUCUUUGGUGCCACCAUCUUCCUCCUCUCUGUGGGCACAGCCCUACUGGGCCUGAAGGAGGCCCUGCUAUUUAAACUUGGGACCAAGUACAGCACGUUUGAACCUGAGGGGGUCCUGGCCAACGUGCUCGGCUUGCUGCUGGUCUGUUUUGGGGUGGUUGUGCUGUACAUCUUGGCUCAAGCUGACUGGAAGCGGCCAUCCCAGGCUGAAGAACAAGCCCUCUCCAUGGAUUUCAAGACACUCACAGAGGGAGACAGCCCCAGUCCCCAGUGAUUGCCUUCCUGUCCUGUACAGGGGCUGCGUGUGGAUGGCCCUCUUGGCUCUGUGGGUUUCCAGAUAUCUUUUUGCUCUUCCCUGCAGACACUGAGCCUUAGGGUCCAGGAGUAUGGGGCACUGUUGUUAGUUUAGUGGGACUCUAGGCUUUGGAGUUGCUCUCUGUCUCCUUUCCUCCCCUUCCUCUCUGCGGCUUUUGAUGCAUCCUGUGAGCCCUGAGUCGGCUCUGUCUGUACGCUGUUGUCCAUUCACAUGCAGAAAGCUUGGUUAGGGGAUCUGGGGUCAAGCCUGGCCCUGAUCCUUAUUGGAACUAGACAGUAGCUCCACCCUCCAUGCAGCAGAUGGCUGGGGCUGGGCCUGAGGGACUGGCACGGAGAAGUCAAGACUGCUGCUCUGUGUAUUCAAGCCAGGGGUUCCAGCAGCUUGGGAAGCACGUGUCCUUGGCAGUAGAGCAAGUGAUAUUAUGUGUAAAGUAUGCUGGUGUUCAGAGUAAGGCUCCCCAGAAAGGUUGACGCUGGCUCCCAAAGGAGCCUUGGCGUGUGGGUUGACCACAGCCUUAGACCUUUCUGUUCUUUUAAAAUCCCUGAUCCUUAAAUAGGCUUUUCGUGGGGAAGGGGAUUGAUAAUCAAAAUGCAGGUAAAUACCUGCCCUGUGGGAGGAGGGCAGGCUGCUAGCAGUGAGGGCCUCCUGGCCUCCAGCUGCCCUGGCAGAGUUCCUCCUGUCAUUCGGGGCUAAGCCCUAGUUUCCUUCUGGGGGCCAGCCUGGGCAGGCUCUGAAAGUGGGAGGCUACACACCUCCUGAGUUUUUGGAGGAGGGCUGCUGUUUGUCUUGUUCUCCAGGGGGCUGCUGGGGCACCUUGGCUUUGAAGCGGCACUGGGGGAUCAUGGUCCUCCCACCCCUGGGUCCAUCAUCCCUGGACAAUAGGACUGAAGUGGAAGAGAGGAACAGGAUUGGUCUCCUCUGGUGCCUGCACUUAGCUUCAACCCCCAACUGCCUGUUGUGUUGUUAGCUGAGUCACUGUUUGGCUCGAGUCUAGAAAUACUGGGAUUAGAGCAUUGAUCUUGUGUUCUCUGGCAUGGCACAUGUUCUCUCCUUGUUUUCCUUCCUCACCAUUUGUGACACGCGUGGUUGAACAUGUAUAACCCAGGGGUUCCAGCAGUGAGGAAAUGAAUGGUUUCUGAACCUGGUAGUUCUUUUAGGUCAGUAGGCUGGCCUUCUCUGUCAGAUGUCUAAUAACUGCGCUGUGGGCCCUGCCUCUGGUGUUGUCUCUUCUCCCAGCUGUGGUGUAGCCCCUCCCUGAAGCUACCCGGCACCCCGGCCUUCUCUCCCGUCCCUCCAUUUGCUGGGACGGUGAGGUCUGCAUCCAGUUUCAAUUGUGUAUGCUGUAAGGAUAGGGAAUCUUAGAAGUUCUGUCAUCAGUCGGCACACUUGCAUAGUCAAAUGUUUACAUUUGGGAGACUUGUCCGUAGACAGACUAACGAGUACCACCGUGAGUCUCCCUUGCCAGACUACAAAGAGAACUAGAAUUUAGGUCUGCAAUGACAGUCUGUAAACUAAUCUUUUUGCCAAAGUGUUGAUACAUGACUAAGGACCAAAGAAGGCCCCCAGGCAGAUGUCUGUGGUUUCUUCUGUUUCUUCUAUCUCCUGUGACGUACAGUGUGUUGUUGGUGCAACAGAUGAAUUAAUAAAUGUCUACAG